AUGGAAGGAGGAGGAGCUCCGCCAGCUGACGCGGUGAUGGAAGACGCAGCACCACCGCAACAGCAAGAGCCACAGCAGCAGGUGGCGGGGGGGAUCGAGAAUAUUCCGGCAACACUCAGCCACGGUGGAAGGUUCAUUCAAUACAAUAUAUUCGGUAAUAUAUUUGAAGUUACUGCAAAAUACCGACCUCCUAUCAUGCCAAUCGGUAAAGGCGCUUACGGUAUUGUUUGCUCUGCUCAUAAUUCGGAGACGAAUGAACAUGUUGCUGUUAAGAAGAUUGCAAAUGCAUUUGAUAACAAGAUUGAUGCAAAGAGGACCCUUCGUGAAAUCAAGUUGCUUCGCCACAUGGAUCAUGAAAACGUGGUUGCGAUCCGGGAUAUAGUGCCACCACCUCAGCGGGAGGUAUUCAAUGAUGUUUACAUUGCAUAUGAGCUAAUGGACACUGAUCUUCACCAAAUCAUUCGAUCAAACCAAGCAUUAUCAGAGGAGCACUGUCAAUAUUUUCUGUACCAGAUUCUUCGUGGGUUGAAGUACAUACAUUCCGCGAAUGUUUUGCAUAGGGACUUAAAACCCAGCAACCUUCUCUUAAAUGCCAACUGUGACUUAAAGAUUUGUGAUUUUGGACUGGCUCGUGUAACCUCUGAAACUGAUUUUAUGACUGAAUAUGUUGUUACAAGAUGGUACCGUGCACCAGAGCUUCUGUUAAACUCUUCUGAUUACACAGCAGCAAUUGAUGUCUGGUCUGUUGGUUGUAUUUUCAUGGAACUGAUGGAUCGAAAGCCAUUGUUUCCUGGCAGAGAUCACGUGCAUCAGUUGCGUCUACUUAUGGAGUUGAUUGGCACCCCAUCAGAGGCUGAUUUGGGAUUUCUGAAUGAAAAUGCUAAGAGGUACAUUAGGCAACUGCCUCUUUACCGCCGCCAAUCUUUCCUAGAAAAAUUUCCACAUGUCCAUCCUGAAGCUAUAGAUCUUGUUGAAAAGAUGUUAACUUUUGAUCCUAGACAAAGAAUUACUGUUGAAAAUGCAUUGGCACACCCUUACUUGACAUCGCUGCAUGACAUCAGCGAUGAACCUGUAUGCACGACUCCUUUCAGCUUUGAUUUUGAACAGCAUGCUUUGACCGAGGAACAAAUGAAAGAACUGAUAUACAGAGAGGCUCUAGCUUUUAACCCCGAGUAUCAGCAGUAG